AUGCUACCUCCAACAUUAUCAUCAAUUCCUGAAGUUAAAGAAGAAUAUCCAGGUGCAUGUUUGAUUGAAAGAACUGCUAGAUUACCUCAAUUUAUAGAAUUGGGACCACCAGAUUUAUGUAAUAUUCAUAAAUAUUCUGUCAAUGCUAAACGUGAAAAUGAAAUUGGAACUUUUUUAUAUUUUACAGGAGUUGAUACUUCAAAUACAGCAUCAAUUGCUGCUCAUUUACAAAAUAUUGCCAAUUUAAUGACAAAUAAACUGCAAUAUUGGUUUGGUGAAAAGAAACAUUGGAAAGUACCUGAAUUGACUUAUUGUACUUUUAAUGCUUUUUCAAAAAUUGAUUUAAGAGUUACAGUACAUAUCCCAGGGAAAUUUGAAAUGCAAAUUAUUGGUCAAGAUGGUAAAUUAAUAAAUGAUAAAUUAACUGAUGAAGAAUUGGAUAAAUUAUGGUCUGAAACUUUUCUUACAUCGAUUGUUAGAGCUGUUUUAGAAAGUGAAGAUGGUGAUGAAGUGAAUAAAGUUGGUGGAUUAGUUGAAGUUAGAAAGAUUAAUCCUUUUAAUAAUGGAAUCACAUCAAAAGAAUUAUUAAAUAAUUUCUUAUUAGCUUUUGAACAAUUGUUUUUCCAAGGAGUUAAAUUGGGUUGUAAUGUUGAAAUUCCUCAACCUACUAUAAUCAAUAAUUAUUUGGUUGAUGGAUUUAUUAAAGUUAUUCAAUUGACUCAAAGUUAUGAUCGUGGUAUUGAAGUUUUGCAAAAGUUACAUAAAGUUGAACCAAGUGUGAUUUCUUUAAUCGCUAAAUUACAACUUUUAAAACAAGAUGAAAUUGAAGCAGUUAAAACUAUGAAUCAAGGAAUUCAAGAAAAUAGAAGAGAUUCUGAUUUAUUGGUUUUACAAGCAGAAUUUUGUUUGGAAAAGAAAAAACCUGAAUUGGCAUUAGAAUUGGCUAAACAAGCAGUGAAAUCAUCUCCAUCUGAUUUUAAAACUUGGGCCAUAUUAGUUCAAAUUUAUACUAAAUUAGGAGAUUUUGAAAACGCUUUGUUGACAUUAAAUUCAUGUCCAAUGAAUUCUCAUAAGGAGAAAUAUUUUUUGAAAAGAGUAGUACCAAUUAAAUCUAAUGAUGAUUUACAUUUACCUUCACCAACAGAUGUAACUUUAGAUCAAGUAUCUAAUUUACAGAGUAAUGAAAUCAGUUAUGAACAAAGAAAUUUAGAUCCAUCUUUAGUCAAUUUACCAGCAGGGAAUUUGAAAUCUACUUUUGCUAAAGCUUAUGAUUUAUUGACUGAGAUUGUGGUAAAGACUGGAUGGGAAUCAUUAUUAAAAUAUCGUGCAAAAGUUUUUGUGAUGGAGGAAGAGUAUCGUAAAGAUCGACAAAGUUCUGCCACUGGGGUUGGGGUUGGGGUUAAUGGGUCCCAGACACGUAAGAACUCUACAACUUCAACUGCUAAUAAUGGCACUGAAGCACCACCAACUACAUCGGCGACUGCCAAUACUACAUCUCCACCAGAUUCUGAUGCUGCCUCCACUGUUGCUAUCAAAUCACCAGGUCCAUCUAACGACACUGAAGACACUACUUCUAAUGUUUCAUAUGAUGACGAGUUUAGAAAGAAAAGAUUAUGUGAAAGAUGGUUAGAUAAUCUUUUUAUGUUAUUAUAUGAAGAUUUACGUGCUUACACAAUGUGGCAAGCAGAAUCUUUACAUUUCCAAGCCCAACAAAUGGAAUAUAAAAAAACUACAUUGGAAUGGGAAAUUUUGGGAAGUAUUGCAUUUAGAUUAAAACAUUUCAAAGAAGGUUCAAUUGCAUUUGCCAAUGCAUUAAGUGGAAGAUUUUCUGCCAAAUCACAACGUGAAUUGUUAAAAUAUUAUCUUAUGGAACGAUCGAAAUUAUUAUCGAAAAAUUCUUCCAAUCAAAGCUCAACAUUUAUUCAUAGUUAUACAAAAAUGAUGAAUCAAUUAAAUGAAAAAAUAUUGGAAAGUAUUAUCAAAUUGCUUGUUUGGAAUCAUAGAUGGUAUUCUGAUUUUUCUUCAUUUUUAUUAUUGACAUUAAGUGAUUUGGUUGCUUGGGAAGGGUCGGUUAAAAUCAAUUCUUCAGUGACAGCACUCUAUAGUGAAGCCAAAACAUCAUCAUCAUCAACCUCAACUAGUAACACUUCGAAUGAUCACAUUAGUAAUCACGGGAUAAUUGAGAUGAUGACAGAUUUAGAUAAUGAUUAUAUCAAAUUGUAUAAUCUUCACAAUGCUGAUGAAUAA